GCGGACAAACACAGCCGGUACCACGCGGCGCCUCACACAACCCGCACACCACACGCGCUCCGCUUCCUGCGUGGGCCGCCUCGUGACGGCAGCGCCACGAGGCGGCGAGUGCAGCCCUGCUAGCUAUGGCCCUCCGACAACCGGAGCUGCCUCGCCCCGUGCUCCGCUGGCUGCUGAGCCUCGGCCUCUCCGUCAGCCCACGGAACUACCGCAGGGAUUUCUCCAACGGGUACCUGGUGGCGGAGAUCCUGUCUCGCCGCUUCCCCGCCCACGUCCGGCCCGACGCCUACACGAACGGCUGCUCGCUGGCCACCAAGCUGAGCAACUGGUCCCGGCUGCGGCGGUUUUUGGCAAAGCAAGAGUUCGACAUCACACAGGAGCUGAUAGACGGAACGAUUCACUGUAAGCCCGGAGCGGCAGAGCGUCUGCUGCGAGAGCUCUGCUCCGCGCUGACCAGCAGCCGAAUUGGAAGUCUUCAAGAGAGGCAGAUUGACUUUACAGACUGCUGUUACCAGACACAGCUACCAGUAGCUGCCAGAGCAACAGCUUCCACAGCCAUCAAGAGUAACAUCAGGUUGACAGAGAUGCUGGUAGAACCCAGCAUCUGCACCAAUAGACAGAAGGCCAUUACCAUCAUUAACAUGCACAUAGGAAUGAGGAUGCAAGAGAGGGCAGAGAAUCCACGACGGUUUAACAUUAAACCAAGUUUUGGACAGCGUGUGGUUCACCAUUUGGAUUGCAUCAUACCCUCUACGAACACAGCUAGUAUCCCAAAGCACCAUUUGUUACCUCAUGUAAGUUUCUUUCCCCCUUAAUGGAAAACAGAAAUGAAAAAAGUGAAGUCUUCUGCAAAUUGUGGUCCAUUCUUCUUUUCUGAGACCGGAUCUGCAGCAAUUACUCUUUAAUUCCCAGUGCACUGCAUGAUCUUAUGAUGCAGACUACCAAUAACAAAUCACAAAACCAUGGCAAUCAGUAAAUAAAAAUCUAUGCGAAGUGUUUGUUUCUGGUCCAUCACACUACACUUAUAACUAACAUAAGAUGUAAAAAGAAAGCACUUUAAUGUACAUAAAGAACUUUAAUAACAUCACUACAUUUUCUGUUCCUUACAAAGGCUUCGUUAAAAAAAAAAAAGGUUUUAUAAAUACGUCUUAGAUUUCAUUGAGAGUAUACAGGGGGACAAAGUGCCAAAGAUGAACUUCUUAGAAAAUAUACUAUUAUAAUCCAGACAUUCAAACCUAUCUUAACA